GACGUUUUGUGCAUUUCCGGGUUGUCGGGAGUCGAAAACAAGAGGGGCACCAACGCGCCCGGGAUACCGAGCAAAGCGGAUUAAAGGCCAGCAGAGAUGGCGGGGGAGGCCGAGGACGAGAUACCAGAGUCGGGAGCAGUUUUUACUUUUGGGAAGAGUAAAUUCGCUGAUAACGUCCCCAGUAAAUUCUGGCUUAAAAACGACAUCCCACGCAAAAUCGCCUGUGGGGACGAACACACCGCCUUAAUAACGGAAAAUGGGAAACUCUUCAUGUUCGGCAGCAACAACUGGGGCCAACUCGGUCUGGGAUCCAAACUGACUGUGAACAAGCCGACGUGUGUCAAAGCUCUGAAGUCUGAGAAAGUCCAGCAUGUGGCCUGUGGAAGAAACCACACCCUCAUCUGCACCGCUCAGGGGAAAGUGUACACCUCAGGCGGGAACAGCGAGGGUCAGCUGGGGCUCGGCGACUGCGAGGAGAGGACGGCGUUUCAGCGGGUCCAUUUCCUCGAUUCGCGCGGACCAAUGAAAAUGCUCGCUGCGGGUUCAAACACCUCGGCUGCUCUCACAGAAAGUGGUAAACUCUUCAUGUGGGGGGACAACGCUGAGGGCCAGAUCGGUUUGGGGAAGGAGAGUCACGCCACCUCGCCGCAGGAAGUCAGCGUGGGAGAACCGAUCAGCUGGGUGUCCUGCGGAUACUACCACUCUGCCUUAGUGACGGUUGACGGAGACCUCUACACGUUUGGAGAGCGGGACAGCGGCAAACUGGGCCUGGGCACCGGCCAGCUGCCCGGACACCGAGUCCCCCAGGUGGUGAAGAGCAUCAAGGAGCCGGUGACACAGGUGGCCUGUGGGGGUGGACACACUGUGGCGCUAACAGAGGAAGACGUGUACACGUUCGGCCUCGGUCAGUUUGGACAGCUCGGUCAUGGGACGUUCACAUUCGAGUGCCGGACGCCGCGUUUGGUUGAACACUUCAGGAAGGGACGGGUCCAUCAGGUGGCCUGCGGGGAGAAUCACACUGCACUGGUCACUGAUGGGGGUUUGCUCUACACAUUUGGAGAUGGCAGACACGGUAAACUGGGCCUCGGAGAAGAAAACUUUACCAACCAGUUCAAACCAACCCUCUGUCCACGUUUCCUCAAGUACAACGUCCAGGCAGCCGUGUGCGGCGGCUGUCACAUGGUGGUGUUGGCUCAGCCGAGGGAUCAGACCUGCAGCGAUGUGACGCUGGAGGAGGACGACGUGACGGAGGUUUACCUGGAGAGGCCGUACGUGGAGCUCCUGGGGGACACGGGCGACUCCUCCACCCUGCAGAGGAGCCUCUCUGCUCGGGUUCGCCGGAGGGAGAGGGAGAGAUCUCCAGAACAGUUUGGUACCAUGUUUCGCACUCUGCCCGCCAUGACACCCGGCUACCUCCAGCCACCGCUUCCCGUCUCCAGCCACACCAUUCCGCCCAGACUGCCUCCGCCCGAGCUCACCCACAGAAAGGUGCUCAACGGCGCUCACCGACACGGGAGCACAGGGUCAAACCUCCAGGGGCAGACAGGGGGCGAUACAGACAGCCUCGUGGAGAGCCUGACCGACACCGACAGCGUUAAAGGUCUGGGAGAAACCACAGACUUCCUCAACAUGACUCAUGUGAUGAAGAUGGACCCCGGUGAUAAAACACUCACUCUGUCUCCAGUCCAGAAGAGGAAGGGUAAGCAUGGUAUUACCACUGCAGGACAGAAAGAAAACCUAACGAAGAAGAGAAACCUCUCGAAGCAGAGCAGUUUCUCUUCGACUCCCCCAUCUCGUAGGAGCGAGACUGUCUCUCCUUGCCAGGCAUUGCCCUCAGAGCUCGUGAGGAGCCGCAGUGGUUCGCAGAGACAGAAGACAGCAAACCCGAAUAAAGAGAAUGUGAUGGGGGAGCUGGAGAGGAGACCCAGUAAAAACAAACUCCUGAAUGUAGGGGUCAGCGGGAAGGCAGCAUCUAAGCAGCGACCCAGGUCAGCGCAGGGUGAAAGCAAGAUGAUAGAGGUUGGCAGGAAGCAGGUUCUGGGGUCAAAGCAAAGUCCUGAAUCAAAAGAGAUAGCUUCAGGUGUUGGCUCUGUGGCCAAAGGUAAGCAAGCGCAGCCGAAACCUUUAAAAAGCAAACCGAUAAUCGUGCAGAGUCAUCAAGCGGGAGUUGGUUUGCAGAAUAAACACAGACGUAAGGACUUGUCUGGAUUUCACCUGAGGGACGCCAUGGAAGAGGAAAGCACGAAAAGUGUUCAACUGGUUUCCGGGACGAAAGGGCGCCCCAAAGCUAAAGAGGUCCCCGAAUUGUCCAAAAAAUCUAAGAAUGAGAAAAACAAACAAGAGGCUCAGUCAGAGUCGCCAGCUCUCGGUCUGCUCGCUGCGACCACCUCACUCGCAGCCGGAGCAGUGUUAGCACAUGAGGUGGCGUCCAGAGGCCAGUUUAGCUCGCUAUCAUCAUCUGAGAGCAGCCAAGGUGUCCUGAAAGACAGUGACAGGAAAUCAAGAAGUGAUCAAUCUGCCGAUUUGAGCCACAAAUCCGCGGUCAACAUCAACAUUAUACCCGUGUCUGAGAGUCCUGAGGAGGGGACGAGUCAGGACGAGAAGGGGACGAGCCAGGAUGAAAGUAAGGAGGAGAGCGACGAGCAGACAAACUCUGCAACAGUCAAACAGGAGGAGGAGGAGGAUGAAGAUGAGAAGGGGCAGAGAACAAGUGAAGACAUAAGUGAAGAAGAGGAGGAGGAGAGCCAGAGUACCGAGAAAGUCACAGCAGUUGAAGAAAAUGAAGAAGAAAGUGACACUCUUCAACCCGAAGAUGAAUCGGAAACAAGCAGGGAUGAGGCGGAAGACGAGAGUGCUGCUGAGGAAGAGGAGGAGGAGGAAGAGGCAGGAGGGAGUGAAAGUGAAGAUGAGACUGAAGAGAAAGACAGCAAAGGAGGUGAUGUAGAGGAUGAGGAGGAAGACGAGGAAGCAUCAAGUCAGGAGACGGAAAGCAAGGGAGGAGAGAGUGAAAACGAGGAGGAGGAAGGUGAAGCAGAAGAAGAGGGGGAUUUAGAAAGCGAGGUUGAAGAAGAAGAGGAGGAUGAAAGUGAAUCUUUAAAGUCAUCAGAAGACAGAGAAGAGAGUGAGGUAGAGAGUGCGAGUGAGGAAGAGAGUGAGGAUGAGGGAAAAGAGGAGGAGGACGAGGGGGAGAAGGAGAGUAGUGCAGAGGAGGAAGAGGAGGAGAGUAGUGAGGAAGAAGAGAGCGAAAAUGAGGCAGAAAGUGACAAAGACAAUGACGAAGAGGAAGAUGGUGAUAGUGAGGAGGAAGAGGAAGAGAGUGCUGAGGAAGAGAUGGAGGAGGAGGCAAAAGAGAGUGAGGAGGAGGAGGAGGAAGAAGAAGAAGAGGAGGAGGAAGAGGAGGAAGAAGAAAAAGAGAGUGAAGAGGAGGAGGAGGAGGAGGAAGAAGAGGAGGGGGAAGAAAAAGAGGAUGAGGAUGAUAGUGAAGAUGAGGAGGAGGAGGAAGAAGAGGAGGAGGAGGAGGAGGAAGAAGAAGAGGAGGAGGAGGAGGAGGAGGAAGAGGUCAAAAAAGUCAAAAGUGCAAAAUCUACAAGUAAACCCAGGUCAGGGGGCAAAGGUGAUGCAGCCGGGGAGGAGGAGGAGUUUUGGGGCGAUGUUCUGCCUCAGUACCUCAACCUAAAAUAACCCGGAGCUUUAAACUCAUCAUUUUAUAUUUAAUAAACCUUUCAAUUAUUUUUUCAGAUUAAUGUUCAUCAGAAAUGUACAAUAGAAAAUAUGAUCAAUCCUCCAUCUUAAGUCCUGGCCCAGUGGAGACAAUCUGUAGUUUUAACCCCCGAGUUAUUAUAACACAGCCCUUAGUGUAAUAUAACUGUUGUAAAGUUGUGUUUUAUCAAAUGGCAUUAGUAGUAUUUCAGAAAACACAGAAAACCUUGAUGAAGUCAGUAUUAAUCCAUAAAGUACUACAAGGCUGCAGCCACUGACAAGUAUUUUCUUCAUUAAUUGAUAAAUUGGUUGAUGUUUAUCUAUAAAAUGCCAGAAAUUAGUUAUUCCAUUAUUCCAUGAAAUAUGGAUAGUAGAAAUCUUUUUUUUUUGGCUUAAAAUUUUUUUAACAUAAACAUUUUUGCCAAUAAGCUUUCUCACAAUUGCCUAAAAGUUUUAUCAUCUAGUAAUUUCAGCUCAAGUCCUGAAAUGGUUUCUCGGUGCCUGGGAAGUGAAACUGACUUUGGAACAUUGGAAUCAGGGGCCAGAGAACACAUUUCUUCCCCAGAGAGCUUGAGGCGUUUUUAGAGUUAGUGUCCAACAAGAGCGUCACCACAUCCCUGGGCUUUCUGCUGCAGCUGUCACUUCUCACACACUUUGCCUUUCUGCUAACAUUUCUUUCUAUUUCAUUAUCUCCAUUCAUUUCUUAAAAAAAAUGCAUUUCUAUCUCUGUCUUUGAAAGUGAUCAAAUGUGUCUUGUGUGUUUGCUUGUAAAUGCUUUGUUUACUUGUCUUUGGAAGCAUUUUGUUUUUGUUCGUUAUAUUUGAUUCAGUCUCUGAAACAGUGAUUCCUCACACACCGUGCCUUGAUCUUUGGCAAAGAAAAAGAUUUUACACAUUUACGCGAAACCUCUCUCUUCUUUAUUUGUCUCUUUUUCAUUCAUUUCUGUCUUUGGAAUAAAUGUCUGUUUCAUUUGAGUUAAGUUGUUUUUGUUUUUUGUUUUUUAUUAAUAUCCGAAAGUCAAAAGGAGAUGGGAGUGGUUGCAGUUAGGUGAGAGGUUGUAAGAACACGUGACUGAAACACAAACUCAGAUUCCAGAGGUUUUAUUUCCACUGAUUGAAGAUUCACCCCAAAGUCAGAAACAUCUUCACAGCGUUGAGGGAAUUGAAAAUUGAGAUUCCAAAAAUAGUUUUGUUUUAAUUAAAAUAAUUGGGCUUCAAUCUUUUUCUGAUAUCAUGAUAUUGUAUUUGGUUCUGCUCUUAUCUCAAGUUCCUCGGGCUCAACAAUCCACUAAACUAAAAAGUACAAUUGGAAUGUGAGUACUGAUCAGGUUUAGGGUUUGUUAUUUGUAUUGCUUCAUAUUUUUUUUCUAUUCUAUUUUUUAUGGAAUGGUGGUAAAAUUUAUAUUAAUAAUAAUACAGUAGUAGAAAUAAGAGUUUACAUCCCAGAAAUGUUCCGUUUACGACAUAAAGCAGAAAAGCAGCAAAUCCUCAUUACAGAGAAGUUCAAAUCAGAUAUCUUACCAAGAAAUAAUUGAUCUGAGAAAUCAAUGCACUCAUUUGUCAUUUGAUGCUUAUUCUCUCUAUUAACCUGGUUUGUUGUGUGUGUGUUUGUGUUUGAUUGGCUGCUUUCAGGGGGAGGUGGGGCUUGUUUUCUUCUUCCUCUCACGUCAUUGUCCCUGUGUUUGUAAUCCCAACUGUAAUCCCUUCCCAUCAUCCCCUGAUGUAGUCCAGAUUAUCAGAGCUGCUUGUCAACAUAUUUUUCUUUAUUCAGCACUGCAGGAGUUUUAAUUUACUGCAUAAACAACAUCUAGAUCAAGAUUUAUGCCCAUGCUCCUCCACCCUUGAUUAAACAAUGUAGAUAGAGCUGCCCAGCAUUUGUCUCCACUUGCAGAUCUGGGAAAUGAUAGCAUCAAGUGGUUAUUAUAGUUAAAAAUGCCACAACACUAGAUAUCAAAGAGAUUUGAUUGCAGUGAGCUUUGAUUCCCGUCCUCAUGUCUUCAAUUCUCUUACUCUUGGUAGGAUUUGAGUAAUCCAUUCAAAACGCGGAGCAAAGGAGAGGAGGAGGAAGACGAGGAAGAAGAGGUGGACGAGGGAAAUGUUCAAGAUGAAGAGGAAGAGGAGGUAGAAGAGGAAGAGGAGGACGA